UGAAUUGUGGCUACUGUAUCACUUAUGAGUUGCAAGUGGUAGACUUAUUUUUACCUAUGAUUUCACUCUAACUCUGUUGUUUUUAUCAUAGUCAAUUAAUAUGCAAGUGGCUAUUGUUUUUUCACUUAUGUUUUUACCUAUAUUCUCGAUUAAUUUCUUUAUUAUUAGACAUGGAUUAUGAUGCAGAAAAUACAUUUGAACAGAUUCCUCAAGGAGAUAAUGGGAAAGGAAGUAACCUCCGAAAAUAAAAUGAAAUUGGCUGCAAAGGAUGAAGGGAAUGAUCAUCAUUUGGAUAUACCUAAAGUUAAAUCAAGCAAAGAAUUGCUUAGGAGGCUCCAAGUCAAACGUGAAAAAGGAAGCACUGUUGUGGCAACUAAGGCACCUUUGAUUGUCCCUAAUGGACAAUUUAAUUUGUCCAAUUUUGAAGUUAGAAGCCAGAAUAAGAACACUCUUAGUUCUAGUGUGGAACCACCUAUAAAACCUAGUCAAAAUAUGGUGACAGUGGAAGUUAUGAACGGUAAAAGGAAAGGACCAUUUCUGAGCAAUAAGGAAACAGUACAAACCAUUAAUGAGUCAAGAGCAAAGAUAAGGGCCAUUUCAAGAUCUUUGAUUGCAAUUCAAGCUAAGAAGAAUGCAAAAAACAAGGUAAACACACUAGGUGAAAAAAGUAAGUCAAAUCCUGAAUUGAUUAAAGCUAGCUUACAAGAAGUUGGGAAUUCAAAUGCUAAACAGCAGCCCCCUAAAAAGGGAAAAUCGGGAGAUGUGAGUUCUAAGAGGACUCAAAAUUUCAUGGGGAAUGGAUGA